CCCGUCAAAACAAAGUGCAUCAGAUUUCCUGGUUUUGGAUUUUCUACCACUGCCGUUUGAAGAUUUUCUUAUGCAAGUGAAGGAUUUAAGAAGGUUGAUGUUUUUCAUUGUUUCUGGUGCGUAGAGUGGCGCGAGUACAGUGGUUCAGUAGCCUUUGAAAGAUGAACGCAUAAAUUUGAUGUAAUUAGUUUAAUGGUCUGAGAAAUGGAGAAUGAUCAAAUGGAGGACAUGGACAUUGAAGCCCUCUCUUCAAUGUGGCCUGAAGAUAUUGAUAGUUCAAAGCCAUAUGUAGAGAAGCCGGUAGGGGAUCAAGACAUGUUAGAGGAGGUUACCAUAGUUGAGGGGCCAACUAUAGUUGAUUUCCAUCAUCUUGUCGAGCUGACGAAUUACACUGAUAGGGGCUCUUCUCAGUUGGCACAUCUUGUACAGCAUUGGGAGUAUAAACAGGCAAAUGCAGUCCGCCUUCUCAGAGAAGAGCUCGAUAUCUUAAACAAACAAAGAGAGGAAGUUGAGCUCAAGAAAUUGGAGAUAUUGGAGGAUUUUCGGUUUGAGGAAGAAAGAUACGGUGGUGAUAAACGACAGAUUUCUAUUUUGGAUGAAAUAUUUGAUAUAUAUCAAGAUAUUCCUCGGAGAAAAAGUGAUAUCAUUGUUCAAAGCAAGAGAGUAGACAUAGAUGCUGAAUUCGACACUGUCGCAUACUGGAAACAGCGAGUAGUGCAUUUAGAGAAAUUGUUGGAGGCCAGUGUCCAUAGAGAGGAGUUAUUGACAGAGAAGCUACAAGAAAGCAUACAGAACUUGGAAAAGCAAUCCUCCCCGGUUGAAGAGUUGACACAGAUUCUGAAAAGGGCUGAUAAUUUCUUACAUUUUGUACUUCAAAAUGCUCCUGUUGUUAUAGGCCAUCAGGAUAAAGAUUUAAGAUAUCGCUUUAUCUAUAAUCAUUUUCCGCGUUUGCAAGAGGAGGAAAUUAUAGGAAAAACAGAUGUCGAAAUUUUUUCAGGCGCAGGAGUUAAGGAAUCUCAAGAUUUCAAGAAAGAAGUUUUGGAUAAAGGAUUGCCUGCCAAGAGGGAAAUCACAUUUGAGACAGAAUUAUUUGGUUCGAAGACAUUUUUGAUUUAUGUAGAUCCAGUGUUUAGCAAGUCCGGGGAGACGAUCGGUAUAAACUAUAUGGGAAUGGAUGUAACUGAUCAGGUAAGGAAAAGAGAGAAAAUGGCAAGGCUUCGAGAAGAGAUAGCAGUACAGAAAGCUAUGGAAACAGAACUUAACAAAACAAUCCAUAUAACAGAGGAAACAAUGCGUGCAAAACAAAUGCUAGCGACCAUGUCUCAUGAAAUAAGAUCACCUCUCUCUGGAGUUGUUAGCAUGGCUGAGAUUCUUUCCACCACAGACCUUGAUCGCGAGCAAAGACAACUAUUGAACGUCAUGAUAUCUUCAGGAGAUUUGGUUCUUCAACUUAUAAAUGACAUACUCGACCUUUCCAAGGUUGAGUCAGGUGUUAUGAAGCUGGAGGCUACGAAAUUCCGACCCCGAGAGGUAGUAAAACAUGUGCUGCAGACUGCUGCGGCAUCAUUGCAAAAGAUUCUGACCUUGGAAGGACGUGUAGCCGAUGAUGUUCCCAUUGAGGUCAUUGGAGAUGUUCUUAGGAUCCGGCAAAUCCUCACCAACUUGAUAAGCAAUGCAAUCAAGUUUACUCAUGAAGGGAAAGUAGGGAUAAACCUUUGUGUGGUUUCGGAUCCAUGUUAUGGAAAAGCUGAAUCUGCAGAUCAGUCAACCACAAAUGAGCUAAAGGAAGGCAAGCCUACAUCAUCGUCUCAAAGUAGCAGCGAUCGAAAAAGUUUCCACAGUACAAAAUACAGUGAAGGUCCAUAUCCUAAUCAUUUGCCUAGCAAUGAACCUCAAACACCGGUUAAGAAUGGAAACACGAUGGACGGAGAUAAAGGGGAGGAACCUGAAGUACCUGGAACAACAGUGUGGCUUUGCUGUGAUGUUUAUGACACCGGCAUUGGAAUCCCAGAUAAUGCUUUACCUACUCUAUUCAAAAAAUACAUGCAAGUUAGUGCGGAUCAUGCUCGAAAAUAUGGCGGGACAGGGCUAGGCCUUGCAAUAUGCAAACAGCUGGUUGAGCUGAUGGGAGGCCGUCUCACUGUGUCUAGCAAAGUGAAAUGUGGAUCUACGUUUACGUUUAUGCUACCGUAUAAGGUAUCAUCAACCUGUGAUUCUUCCGAUGAUGCUGAUGAUCUUUCAGAGAUGGCUGAUCAUGAUGCUCCAAUAGAGGAUGAGACUGCUGUCUUCUUUCAGUUCCAACCACGUACUUUGGGCUCUCUAUUCUCUUCUAAUGGAUCCACCAGGACUCAAAAAUUAUUGCCACAUAGUAUUGGUUUUAGUAAUUCCCCUAUACUCAAUGGAUUCUCUGAGGAUUCUUGCUCAUUUCCUUCUGGGAACGUUAGAUUGAAACAGACAACUUCUGUUGAGGAUGCCUGUUCUAUGGUUGAAGUUGCUGAGACAUUAUCCGAACCUGAAAGCUCAUUUAGUCAGAGUCCAGACCGUGACAACGAGAAUGUAGUUUGUAGAAGAAAACAAUGUCUAGAUGAAACAAAGAGUAAAAUCCCUAAUGGUACUAAAAACUGCAAUAAUCACACAGAAUCAAGCAAAGUGUUGUCAGGUGACCCGCCAGGGUUGUGUCAGGAACAAGAGAAAUCUGCCACAAAUUCUGAGUGCACUUCUAGCAGCAUUCCACAAGAACCAGAAUCAAAACCAAAGCCUAAGAUCCUUCUAGUAGAAGAUAACAAGAUCAACGUAAUGGUGACGAAAUCAAUGAUGAAGCAGUUAGGCCAUGCCAUGGAUGUUGUGAAUAAUGGAGUUGAAGCUGUGCGUGCAGUUCAGUCCUGUUCCUAUGAUCUCAUUUUUAUGGAUGUGUGCAUGCCUGUUAUGAAUGGCCUUCAAGCUACACAAUUGAUUCGUUCUUUCGAAGAAACUGGCAAUUGGGAUGCUGCUAUUAAGGCUGGAAUAGAGCCAUGUGCACCAUCUUCAGCUUCAGUACUAGAUGGCCAGAGUUCAAUUCAUGAUCAUAAGCGGAUUCCUAUAAUUGCAAUGACAGCAAAUACAUUAUCAGAGAGUGCAGAGGAAUGCUAUUCAAAUGGCAUGGACUCAUUUGUUUCAAAGCCCGUGACUUUUCAAAAAAUAAAAAAGUGCUUGGAACAAUAUCUACCAUGAUUUCUGCUGUAAAUUUGUGUACAAAAAAUGCUAGGAAAGUUUUGUAACCAAUGUAACAUGUUCUUUGCAGCCAUUAGUAUAUCUCUGUAGAAGUUGUA